AUGUCAGUGGAAACGUAUUGCCGUUUUUGCGCUACAAAAUUUUCAUUAUCAUCAAUAAAAAAUUCAAAUAAAUUAAAAAAUGAUCAACUAGUUAUAUUCGUAUUUAAAUAUUUAGAAAUAAAAAUUACUGAUAACGAUGAGUUUCCAAAAAAUGCUUGUAAAUUAUGUUGUAAAAUUUUAACAAAAUUUAAUCAAUUUUUAAACAAAGUUAAAGAUGCACAACAAAAGUUACGUGACAUAUUUUCUUUGCCUGCAAUUAAUAAUUUAGAUAUUAAAUUAGAACACGAUUCACAGGAUCAUCAACAGAAUAAUGACCUUAAUAAGACGCUGAAUUCAGAUGAACAAAUUGUCGAUAGCAAAGUCGAAUCGGAUAAUGUUAAAACUGAAUUAGAGGAUGAUGACUACGAUAAUUUUGAUCAUUUUUUAAACGAUUAUGCAAAUGAAACACAAGAAUCUGAUUCAGAAUUUAAAAACACAUUUGAUAAAAGUUCUCCAAAUGUAACAAAGCUAGAGAACUCAGCCGAGGAGAGUCCUGCCAUUCCUACAAAUAGUCCAAAUAAAUUGAAAAAGAUUCAGUUUAAAUGCUAUAAAUGCGAGGGAAUGUUUCGCACCGAUGAAUGUUUACAAGAUCAUUUUGAAAAUGUACAUAAAUCAAAAACAGAAUACGUUUGUCUUGAAUGUAACGCAUUAUUUGAAAAUUUAUCAGAAUUUGAAUCGCAUUUCUACGAGCAUUAUUUUACAAACAAAUCAUCAAAAGUCUAUACCUGCGAAAUUUGUGGAAAACAAUUUAGCCGAAAAGUUUUUUAUAUUGCACAUCAGGAUGCUCAUUCAGGUGUAAAACGAUUUCAAUGCAAGGAAUGUGGACAUCAAUUUCGGUUAAAACAAUAUUUACUACGACAUAAACGUAGACAUUUAGAAUGCAGUGAUGAACUGGAAGUCAAAUGUACUCAGUGUGAUAAAAUAUGUAAAAACCAAUAUUUGCUAGAAUGUCAUAUGAAAUCUCAUAUUCCGCCAGAUGAAAAAUAUAAAUAUAAAUGCGAAAUUUGUGAUCGAAAAUUUGUUGCUAUCGAGAAAUAUAAAUGUCAUCAACUUGCUCAUGAAAAUGAAAAAGACUAUAUUUGUGACCAAUGUGGAAAAGUAUUUAAAAGUAGGAGUAAUUUGAAUUCUCAUUUAAUAUCACAUACGCAGGAUACACCAUAUACCUGUGAUGAAUGUUCUAAACGAUUUAAAAGUAAUACUGCAUUGAAAGCGCAUCAAUUAACGCAUUCAGGUAAAUUUCAUGAAUGUGAAGUGUGUGGUAAGAAAUUUAUCCGACGUGGGCAAUUAACAAUACAUUCGUCAAUACAUUCUGGUAAAUUACCAUAUGAAUGUAGUUAUUGUAAGAAACAAUUCAGAAGAAAAUACUAUCUUAAGGUACAUUUACGUCAACAUACAGGAGAACGUCCAUAUUCUUGUACAGAGUGCAAUCAUUUCUUUACAUGCGACUCAAAUUUCAUAAAACAUUUAAAAGGGCGACAUGGUUUACAAAAUGUUUCAAUUGCAAAUAAAAGACGUUAUCCAUUUGAUGAUUAG